AUGAGGUUCGUCGCAUCUGCAAACGGCUUCAACCACUCAACAAUUGUGAUAGCAGUGAAGAUGAGCGAAACGUCCAUGCGGUGUUCGUUUGAGGACAGUAUAAUACAAUCCGAGGUUUUCAUAUUCAAUAUCGGCAAAGACAACGGCAGAAAAAGUUUUCCAGUGCAUUCCAAAGUCGUCGCCGCAACAUCUCCAUAUUUUCGGGCGCUCGUGAACAACGGCAUGGCAGAGUCGUGCACGAAGACAGUUGAGUACCCCGACGUUGAACCUGAAGACUUUGCCCGCUUUAUCGAGUACGCAUAUCGCAAUGACUAUCGUGUCCCUACAUGGGUGCAUGACAAAACGCAUGUGAAAGAUGAGGCGUUGCCUGUCCGAAAACCUACAGUAAUCGAAGAACCAAAACAGAGAGCAACAUCCCUGUUUGGCCAGCCUGCUCCACAAGCCGGGUUCGGUCAGCCUUCUUCAACAUCCCUCUUUAGCCAACCUGCUCCACAAGCCGGGUUCGGUCAGCCUUCUUCAACAUCCCUCUUUGGCCAGUCUUCUUCAAAACCCCUGUUUGGUCAAACUUUACCAGAAGACAAGAAAAAGCCCAGAUUUGAAGGCGUAGAUUCUGUACGCGCUGGUUUUGACAAGCGCAGUUACCUCGCCGCAGUGGAACCCAAGACAGUCAUGCUCGUGGCUUUUGAGCCCAAGUACAACCUCGCGCCUGAUCAGGAUUUCACAUCAGUGUUCCUAGCACACGCACGGCUAUACACGUUUGCUUGUAUGCGUGGAGUCGACCCGCUCAAACGCUUGACACUACACAAGCUCCACCGAACACUACUCAACUUCCAACUUUAUGAGCGACGCGCAAGCGAUGUUGUUGAACUCGCAAGAUAUGCAUAUACUCAGGGCAAGGACAGAGAAGACGACGGCACAAAAGACGAAUUGAGGCAGCUAGUGCUCGAGUACGUUGUACGCGAAGUGACGAUUUUCGGAAAGCAUCCAGCCUUUCUGCUCCUGCUGGAAGAAGGCGGAGAAUUUGUCGUCGACUUUUGGAGUCUGGCGUACAAAGAGGGGAAUUGGACAUGA